AUUUCCUAUCAAUAAGUCUCAAAUCACUCAUUAUACAUCUAUAAACUUUAUAACUACUGCUCCAAAUAUAACAGGUUACCGCUACGAACCAGAAUUCGAAUUAGAAGAAAAUAUCUAUAAAGAUUCAAUAUUAAGAUCACAAGGAUAUGAUUCUGAAGAAGAAAGUGAAUCAGAAUCUGAGACUGAUUAUGAUGAUCAAUAUGAUGGUGAAAAAAAAUUGCUCGAAGCAAUGGCAUAUAUUUAUGGCAUAAAUAAAGACACAGAUGUAUCAUUAAGAAAGAUAUGUCUAAGAUCAAUGAUAAACACAACGUACGUUGCAGCAGAUUAUUCUAACCUUGCAUAUCAAAUUGUAAAACAUUAUCAUGGACAUAUUAACGUGGACUUAUGUUUUAUGAUAUUAGAUUGCUGCUGUGAACAUACAUUUUACAUUAAUCAUUUUGGAUUACUCACCAAAGAAUUGUGUCAAAUAAAUGAGAAGUUUGUGGAUAUUGUGGAAAUUACUUUUAUUCACUGUUAUAUUGAAAGUGACAGUUUUGAUUCCCACAAAUCAAAUAUUAUUGCUAUAUAUUUCGCCCAUUUAUCACGUUUGAAUUUAAUACCAUUUAAAUUAACAGCGAUACUUGGAAAAAAAUCAAUUUAUCCUAACACUAGCUAUUUUAAAAUUUUCAAGAAUUUAACAUACAUUUAA